CACACACUUUUUGCAAAGCACUUCAAAUCUGCAACUAUCACAAAACCUGUCCAUCGUAUACUUUAGAUACUUUAUUGUCGAUUAUUAGGAUUGUGUUAUGGGRGAUAUGAAAGCCGAAUUUCUUAUACAUUUUUUUGGACUUUGAAUGUUGCUCGCACUUAACCAAAAAUCGAUCAACAUAUCUUUGCCUUCCUUCGGUAUAACCACCAUUUCACGUCAUUGCAAAUACGAUGUGUAAAGCACUAUAUAUGGUAAACUGGAUAUCGCUUUUGUGGUUCUUUACGGAAGCAGUGGCUGCCAACCAUUGUUCUGGAAAUCAAAUCACCUGGAUUAAUAAGAAUAACAGCUUCGUUCGUUGCUCGCCGUGUCCUCCAUGUCCCCCCGGACAAGCAUUUUCGAUACCGUGUAACACCAAAGUAUUAGAGGGAACUCCUGCUAAUUGUAAGAACUGUCCAAGGGGGAAGUACUCGAGACUUUUCGACACCAAACCCUGUAUGCAUUGCAAGAUUUGCUCUAAACGCCACGUAAAGUCGAAGUGCACUUCGUAUAGAAAUGCAGAGUGCGGGGACUGUCUGCCCGGAUACUACAAGAGUGAUGUAGUGUUUGACUGUGUUGAAUGUGACAAGUGCUGUUAUGAUGACAAAGAUGUUGCACCUCCAGGAUGUCAAAAGGUUGGAAAGUGUAAACCUAGAUUACAUGGAUGUCCUUCUAGAUNUCAAAAACUAGCUGUGAGGAACAGAACCCUUAGAGAUUUCAUGGAAAAUGGCCACGACGUGUUUGAAGGUGUGUGCGUGCAUUUGAACAGCCUCCGUGAAGGUAGAUAUGAUUUUGAUAGGAUUGGAAAACGCUUAAAUCGAGAGCUGACAAGAACACAAAGACAAAGACUCCUGAACAAUGCGGGUCAAAAUCCCACCAAAGAUUUGUUUGAGAUUCUUUGUUGUAGCAAUCCAAAGUAUACAGUGAAGCAGUUCGCGCAGCAUGUCAAAGAAAUUAGGAGAAAUGAUGUUUAUUUGAUGCUCGAGCCAUUCCUUGAGAUAAGCUAA